UUCAUCAGAGCUGUUUCUCUCCUGCACUCCUUCUGCGCUGGGUGGCAGGAGAAACUGCCCCCCUCCCGGAUGAUUUGAUUCUUUCCGUGCCCCAAUUGAUGCCCGGCCAGAUGCAGUGGGUCCUUCUCCUGUUGCUGUUCCUCGUAAACUCCAUGGAAAUGCUCGCACAAGCCAGAAGGAAGAAACAAGUAAGCACUGCCAUGUUUGAGAACUGCACCGGAUGUGUGAUGUGCUCAGAGGACAACGGGUGCAUUUCCUGCCAGCAGAGGCUCUUCCUGCUCAUCUGGAGGGACGGGAUCCGACAGUACGGCGCCUGCGUCCAUGCCUGUCCGCUGGGCUACUUUGGGGUGCGAGGCCAAGAAGUCAACCGAUGCAUCAAGUGCAGGUCGCCCAGCUGCGAGACCUGCUUCAGCAAAGACUUCUGCAUGAAAUGUAAAGAGCGGUUCUAUCUGCACAAAGGCAAAUGUUUGAACACCUGCCCUCCCAACACCAUGGCCUGGCACAGUACCCGGGAAUGCCAAGAAAACUGCGAGACGGCCCCCUGGGGCAGUUGGAGCCCCUGCACCAACCAAGGGCAGACGUGUGGGUACAAGUGGGGCUCAGAGAUCCGAGUCCGGGAGACCCUCCGGAGCGGGAAGGAAGACGCAGCCCUGUGUCCGGUGCUGUCCGAGUCCAGGAAGUGCCGGAUGAAGCGGCACUGUGUCGGAGAGAAGAAUGAAAACAAGAAGAAGGGAAAAAAGGAAAGGAAGCAGAGGAAGAAGAAGAAAACAGAUUCUUUCAAGGUCACUUAAUGAGCUUCAGAGCAAGUGGGCUUGUCUUGGGGGGAAGCAACACGCAACAAAGUCCAUCAGGGAGCACCAUCAUUGGCCAAAAAAAUAGGAUAGCUUCUAUCUUUCUUUCUGCCCUUCAAGGUUCCUCUUCAGUCCCUCGGUUCCCCACCAGCCUUUCCACCAGGGUAAGGUGGUUCAUGAGGCCUCUUGGCCUUCUCUCCAACAUGCUUGGACAAAGGAAGAUGGAAGACCGAAUCCGGGCAUCAUCUUUCCAUAUUGAUAUCUGGAGCACCAUUCCCCCCACCCCACCACCCACUACCUCUCCGUCUCGGCACCUCUGACUUUACGAGUCUGCAGAGGAGGGAACCACAUGAAGGGGGCUAACCCUGGCUCUUUAAUCGGCUGUGGAAGGGGGAGAUGCUCCAUCAAGAAGAGCUGGAAGACCACGCAGAGUCCUAACCUAAGACCCCAAGUGAUGGACCUCUAGGGGGAAUGCAAGAUCUCCUCCAGCUUCACCCUGGUUCUUCCUCUAACCUUAAAAGAGUUCUCCUGAAUCUUUCUCUGUGUUAUUCUAGGAACAGAUUAUCCAA